GAGAAUUGGAUCGGAAUUUCGAGAACUGCUAUUAAAAGCAGUGAAUCAGAUCCUCCGCUAAAAUAUACUCAUGGUUUGUUAACCUCAAAGCUCUAUAGCGCUCUCUAACGUUUCAUUGUGAGCAAGUCGUCCUUAUGUUGAAAACCAUCGAAUAAGAGAGCAGUGUUGUUUGGACGACCGCACGAGAAUCUUCGAAACGAUCUAUUGUUGUUUACCAGCAGAAUCAGAACAUUUCGAAGAAGAGGAAACAGGAGCACCCUUCGUGCAAAGCCAACCCGAUCAAUAAUAUAGCGUGAGGUGAGAUAAGUCGAAGUAAUUCGUCUAAUAUCUCUCCCAUUCCACACAUAUUUGUGUUGCGUUCAGCACGAUUCGGUUAUUCAAAGUUCUAUCGGCGAUGAUAGGGUCACGUCCGAUAGUCAUGUGCGGUCCAUCCGGGUCCGGCAAGAGCACCCUGUUGACCCGCCUGAUGACCGACCAUCCCGAAAAGUUCGGAUUCUGCAUAAGCCACACCACCAGGAAGCCACGCGUCGGCGAAGAGAACGGCGUCCAUUACCAUUUCAUCGAGAAGUCGGCGAUGGUCGACGCCAUCAAGAACGGUGAGUUCAUCGAGAACGCGACGUUCGGCGGGAAUCUGUACGGUACCAGCAAGGCGGCCAUCGAGACCGUCUUCAAGAACGGCAAGGUCUGCAUCCUGGACAUCGAGAUGCAGGGCGUCAAGCAGGUGAAGCAGUCCGACCUCAAACCGCACUACAUUUUCAUCAAUCCACCCUCGAUAGAAGUGCUGAAGGAGCGUCUGCUCGCUAGAAACACCGAAACUGAAGAGAGUCUCAAACUGAGACUGAGCCAUGCUGAAGAAGAAAUCGAAUACGGUAUUGUACCAGGUAAUUUUGAUAUUAUCAUAGUAAACGAUGACCUGGACAGUGCGUACGCAAGGCUGAAUGCCUUCAUCAAUGAGAAAGUCCUCGAAGGCAGUUCAAGGUAUUGAGGAAAAGUGAGGCAAGCAACGAUAAUUUUGUCAAUAGAGCAAGUACAAACCAUUAGAAUAUAUUGUUAGCAACAUUCCCCUUUUACAUAAGAUAUUAAAAAUAGUGCAAUGUCCAUGUAGUAGUAGUUGCUUACUGAAUGUAUUGGCACGUAUUGAUAUUUAUGCUAAUUGCAAACUGGAUAUUUCAUUGUUCGAGGUGCCAAAAUAUUGUUGUUCACACUUCAUAUAUUAUUUCUAUGCAG